UACGACUCAUCUCUUUGGCGCACGUCAAGAAUCGUCUUCUUCACAGUUCCAAUUCCAGCUCCCAGAUCCCGCUGAUCUCAAUCUCCUGCUCCUGUUUCCUCUGGCAUCAAUCCAUCUAAUCAGCUCUCCACUCCAUCACUCUCUGCUACGAAGGAAUCAGCGGCGGGAAACGACUGCUGCACCUUCUGCGAAGGUUUCGCGAUGAUCGUUGCACGGAUUAAUGUGAUCUGAGGUAGUUUUUGAUCAAUUAAGCUCCAUCAGCUUUCAUUUUUUUUAGAAGAACACAUAGAUCACCGCUGGCCUGGAAGCUUACUCAGUGGAAUUUUUCGUGUUUGGGCUGAAGCAUUUCAAAUUAUUGCCAAACGAUGGACAAGUCAAGCGCUUUGGAAUACAUUAACCAGAUGUUCCCCACAGAGGCGUCGUUAUCUGGUGUGGAGCCACUUAUGCAAAAGAUACAUAAUGAAAUACGUCGUGUAGAUGCUGGAAUUUUAGCAGCUGUCCGCCAACAGAGUAGUUCAGGGACGAAAGCAAAGGAAGAUCUUGCUGCUGCUACAUCAGCUGUAGAGGAGCUCAUGUCCAAAAUUCGAGAAAUAAAAACUAAAGCUGAACAGAGUGAGACAAUGGUUCAAGAGAUUUGUCGUGAUAUUAAGAAGUUGGACUUUGCAAAGAAACAUAUUACAACAACAAUAACUGCUCUUCAUCGUCUGACCAUGUUGGUCUCAGCUGUUGAGCAGCUCCAAGUAAUGGCUUCAAAACGACAGUACAAAGAGGCAGCUGCACAGUUGGAGGCAGUAAACCAAUUAUGCAGUCAUUUUGAAGCCUAUAGGGAUAAUCCAAAGAUCACAGAGCUAAGGGAGAAGUUCAAGAAUAUUAAACAAAUUCUGAAAUCGCAUGUAUUUUCUGACUUCUCAAGCUUAGGUACUGGGAAAGAGAAAGAAGAAACUAAUUUACUUCAGCAAUUGUCUGAUGCUUGCUUUGUCGUUGAUGCUCUGGAGCCAUCUGUGAGGGAAGAGUUGGUGAAUAAUUUUUGCAGCCGGGAGCUCACAUCUUACGAACAGAUAUUUGAAGGAGCAGAAUUGGCAAAGUUGGAUAAAACUGAACGAAGAUAUGCAUGGAUAAAGCGUCGUAUGAGAACAAAUGAAGAGAUAUGGAAAAUUUUUCCUCCUUCAUGGCAUGUCCCAUAUCGUCUUUGUAUCCAGUUCUGUAAGAAAACAAGAAAACAACUUGAGGACAUCCUGGAUAAUCUGAAAGAAAAGCCAGAUGUUGCGACUUUAUUGCUGGCACUACAGCGAACUCUAGAAUUUGAAGAUGAAUUGGCAGAGAAGUUUGGAGGAGGUGCUCAAGGGAAGGAGAACAGAAAUGAAAUUGAGGAAUUUGGCAGAGAAGAUAAUAAUAGUCAAAAUGUUUCAGACAUAAGAAAAAAGUAUGAGAAGAAGCUGGCUGUACAUCAAGGACCAGAGACUGAUGAAAAGGAUGGAAUCAAAGAAAUGUCGGUGCCUGGAGCUGGGUUCAACUUUCGGGGAAUCGUCUCUUCUUGCUUUGAACCUCACUUGACAGUUUACAUAGAACUAGAAGAGAAGACAUUAAUGGAGAAUUUGGAAAAACUUGUUCAGGAAGAAACAUGGGACAUUGAUGAAGGAAGUCAGAGCAAUGUUCUAUCAAGUAGCAUGCAGUUGUUUCUGAUAAUAAAAAGGAGCUUGAAGAGGUGCAGUGCCUUGACUAAGAACCAAACAUUACUCAAUUUGUUCAAGGUAUUCCAGAGAGUCCUAAAAGCUUAUGCUACCAAGCUUCUUGCAAGACUUCCAAAGGGUGGCUCGGGAUUUGUUGCAGCAGCUACUGGCAUGGAUGGACAGAUAAAGACUUCUGACAAGGAUGAAAAAGUUAUCUGUUACAUAGUCAAUUCAGCUGAAUAUUGCCACAAGACAUCUGGUGAAUUGGCUGAAAGUGUGCAAAAGAUAAUUGAUACUCAACUAGUGGAUGGCGUAGAUAUGUCAGAGGUGCAGGAUGAAUUCUCAGCAGUAAUAACGAAAGCGUUGGUCACCUUGGUUCAUGGUCUGGAAACUAAAUUUGAUUCAGAAAUGGCAGCAAUGACUCGCGUUCCAUGGGGUACUCUUGAAAGUGUGGGUGACCAAUCAGAGUAUGUAAAUGGCAUCAAUAUGAUUCUCACAACCAGCAUUCCCGUUCUUGGUAGACUUCUCUCACCUCUUUACUUCCAGUUCUUCUUGGACAAGCUUGCGUCAUCUCUUGGUCCACGCUUCUAUGCCAACAUCUUCAAGUGCAAGCAAAUAUCAGAAACUGGAGCUCAACAAAUGCUUUUGGACACUCAAGCUGUGAAAACAAUUCUUCUCGACAUUCCUUCCCUUGGUCGACAGACUUCAGGUGCCGCUAGCUAUUCAAAAUUUGUAAGCCGUGAGAUGAGCAAAGCUGAAGCUCUUUUGAAGGUUAUACUGUCUCCCAUUGAUUCUGUGGCAGAUACAUAUCGUGCACUAUUGCCAGAAGGAACACCGAUGGAGUUUCAGCGAAUUUUGGAACUUAAGGGAUUUAAGAAAGCCGAUCAGCAAAGCAUACUCGACGAUUUCAACAAACACGGGCCAGGGAUCACGCAGCCUUCGGUGUCACCAUCAGUUCCACCGAUUGCCUCGGCCGCCCCUCCAGCUCCUACAAUUACCAGUCCUACAGUCGGGCUUAUGGCAUCCAGGGAGGAUGUCCUGACUAGAGCAGCUGCACUAGGACGCGGAGCUGCCACCACUGGAUUCAAAAGGUUCCUGGCUCUUACCGAAGCUGCAAAAGACAGGAAAGAUGGACCUUUCAGAAAACUUUUCAACCCUUGAAAGGUAAUAAGGAGUAUCAAUAAUGUGGUGCUCCUCCUCAUUGAACUGUUCUGAUCCCUCUCUAUUAUAGUACAUAGUUGCAAUUUCGCCCCUGUUUAUUACUACUACUGCUACUACUACUACAGUCCCCACUCAAUUUUGAAGGUUGUGGGUUUCUUUUUUCAAUUCUUUUAGUGGAAAUUCUGCUAGUGAGAUGGAAAAAUGUGUCGGAAUUAAUAUCAUGUUUUGAGAAUGCAGAAAUUCAACCUUAGGUUCUUUCUGAAUUUCAA